UUUUAUUUCAAUUUCUAAGAACAAAAGAAAAAGAAAAAUGGGGUACGUUCUAAGGGUAAGAUUGGCAUCAUUUUUCGCCGGAGCGGCGGUGGCUUCGGUGGCCGGACUUUAUACUCUUAACAAUGAUUACACCGCUGCCCAUCAAUCCAUUUCCCACAAGGUGAACAGCCUGCAUGACUCCUUGAAUGCACGUAUAUCUGCAUUGGAAAAGUUGAAGGAAGCGGAGGCUACAAAACAGGCUGACGCUGCCAAAGAGGUACAGGCUACAAAUCAGGUUGAGGCUACAAAUCAGGUUGAGGCUACAAAUCAAGCUGAAGCUGCAGAGUAGUAUUUUUAAGCUACCAUAUUUGCCAAAAAUGUGUAAUUGCAUUCCGUAAGUGCAGAAUUUUCACGUGUUCUGGAGUCUGCUUAUAACGAAACUCGCUAGUUAGAAGUUUGUGAAUUUUGUACCCAGCCUCAGCAGCAUAAUGUUACUCUUAACUCAAAAUAUAAGAAAGGGUCAUCUGUAUUUUGUACCCUGUUUCAGCUGCAUAAUGAUACUUUAAUAUACUA